CGUAAUACAAGGACAGACACAAGCUCUGGUUAUGUUGCCGUUCAACGUGAAAUGUUCACCUCACUGAAUACACCCUUGCAGGUGGACUUUGACCUUGGCGUUUCCAAGCAGGAAGUCAAGGAUAAUAUUUGUCUUUUUUUUUUUGUUGUACCUUGCCAAUUGUGUCAGAUGCUUGUCUUGGAAUAUGUAUGCCACUAUUGGAUUAUAAGAGGCUUGCUCAUGGAACAGUGAACUCAAGAGGACACAGGCUACAUUCACAGAUUGGUGACGUCACGAUUCAAAAAAAGAAAUAAAAAAUGUUCAGGAAUAAUAGCGUGCCGUUUCCCUCUCAACCAAGAGGGUUCCCUCAGGAGGAUCCUCCCUCUCAGAGGUCCAGUAUGACCAGACCCAGUGCCAAGUCCAUAUACAUGCAAAGGAAGGAGUAUUCUGAAACGAUGAACAACCAACCUGACAACUUUCAGUACAGGGUGGAGCACCUGUUUACGUGCGAGUUGGACGGCCAGGAGGUGCGCAACUUGAAUGACUGUGUGACCAGGCUGCAGAGGCUGGAGGCUAAGGGCCGUGUCUGGGGGCAGGAGGUGAUCCUGGAGGUCCAGGGAGGAUACCUUCAGCUCAACGACAUCGAGACCAAGGCAGAGCUGGAGUAUGUGCCUCUGGGAAGUGUAGUUCAGACCAAGGCUGUGUUGGACACUUGUGCCUACAACUCCCUGCUCACUGUUAUGGUCCAGGAACGCAACAGAUGCAUCCCUCAAGUCUUUAUGUUCCAGUGUGAGGAGGUUGGGGCAGAGCAUAUCAGAGAAGACCUGGACAAGGCUGUCCAACACAACGCUAAUGCUCCUCCUCCUGAACCUCGCAGAGAACCAAGCAGACACAAGAGUAAUCUGGAGAACAUCAUCGGUCAACAGGCGAAUGGGAAUGGCUUCUGGCCCAUUGGUCCUGCUCCUCCCAUGAUGCUGCAGGAGAGGGCCCCUCAUCCCCCUGACCGCACCGCCCCGGUGUACAACAACAGAAAUGAGAGCUUCCCUCCCCCUCCAGUCUACAACCCACUACAGGAGCCCCUGCACAGUCCGGAGGUAUACGGAGGGUCACAGCAGUACGGAGCUAGAGACCAAGAGCCUCGCCAACCCCAGCCUCAAUACACUGACACAGAGAGGAAUGUGGAAAUUUUAAACCAUGUGCUGAACGACGUGGAGCUCUUCAUGGGGAAAGUAGCCGCUCCUAAUGAAGAGAAGAACAACAAGAAGAAAAAGAAGAAAAGCUCAAAGCCAAACGCUGCCAACUUGCCACAUUGGGAGGAGUUUGUUGUCUGUCUUCAGAAAAUCAAGUAUGGAUUCAACCUGCUGGGCAAGCUGAAUGGAGAGAUCCAGAACCCUAGCGCUGCAGACUUUGUCCACAUUCUCUUCUCCACUCUGGGCAUGUUGAUGUGCCACUACUCCCCUGACCUGCCCCCCUCUGUCCUGGCCCCCCUGCUAACAGAGCCAGCACUCAUCUUGCUUAGCCAGGUGGUCACCCCAGAGGAGGACCAGAAAUGGAGGGCCCUGGGAGACUCCUGGAACAUCCCCAGGUCCAAAUGGCCAGACGGUCACAUGAUCCCGCCCUACAAUCCAGAGUUCUAUGAUGGUUGGCAGCUGCCACAGCCUGUCCCACCGGCAGCCAAUCAGGGACUGAGCAGGAGCAACAGCCAACACAUCCCCCUGAGAAAGGAAAUGAUGCAACAGAUGCCUGAUGAGGGCAGGCAGUUGAGCAGGAGCAACAGCCAAUACAUGCAACGGCCUGAGGAGCUCAUGAUGAACUCUCCACCAUCUUUACGCCCCAGUGAGCUGGCCCCAGUGAGGAUGCGUGUGAUCUAUGACUUUAUGGCCAGGAACCCCCAGGAGCUGAGCAUUAUGAAGGGAGAGGUUGUCCAGGUCGUAGACAAGUCGGGGCAGUGGUGGAGGAUCCGUAAUGAACGUGGCGAGGAGGGUCACGUUGCUAAGAACGUUCUAGAGCCUCUGGAUGGAGGGAGACCCUGGGAUGAGGGCCAGGAGGUGCGCUCCCCUCCACCCCUCAACAUGCAGUCCAGACCUGCAGAGGUGAAAGCCUGGCUGGAAUACAAGGCCUUCUCCAAAAUAACGGUUCGUAGCCUGAGCGUGCUGAACGGAGCCCUGCUACUGGGGAUGUCCAAAGAUGAGAUGAGGACGGUGUGUCCAGAGGAAGGAGGAAGAGUCUUCUUCCAGCUGCAGGCCAUCAAGUCCUCCAUAGCCCUUGCCAGUGAGUCCAAUGGAUAUGGUCCUUAUAACGGUCGUUAGACUGACUCUUCACAAGUAACAACCAAGAGCCAACUGAGGGAGAAGAAUAACUCAACUAUUUAACCUUUCAUUUUAAUCAUAUAUUAUUUUUGUCCAUUCAUAGACGGGUUGGUGGUUUAGCAACAAAGCCGAUGUGUGAGUAACUAUGUGUCAAAACACAGAUUGGUUUUGACUGUUGACAACAUGUAAACUGUAUUAUUUCUCUAAAUGUUUUAUUGAUUAUACAUAAACACAUUUGCACAAUCAGCACUUUUUUGGUUAUCUUUGAACUUCCAAGAUCAUUGCAGACAUCUGAGCGCUCCCCUUUCUUUUGCUGGGGUAGUCACCGUGUGAGUCACUGGGUAGUCACCGUGUGAGUCACCGUGUGAGUCACAGUAUGAGUCACCGUAUGAGUCACCGGGUAAUCACCGGGUAGUCACCGUGUAGUCACCGUGUGAGUCACCUCAAAGCCAGUUCCACUCCUGCUUUUAGUCUACCCCUCUAAUCAGGGACUGAUUUAGACCUGGGACACCAGGUGGGUGCAAUUAAUUAUCAGGUAGAACAGAACCAGCAGUACUCCGGUCCUCCGGGUUCGGAUUUGAAUACCAGUACCCUUGCUUUAUUCUCUUUUGGACGAAUCAGAACCAUUGGUGGUUCCUCAGGUUCCUCAGUUAUGAGGCUUGCAUCUAAUUAUUGUAUAAAAUAAAUGAGUAAAAAUGAAACUUUGUGAAAUGAUGUAAUGUGAUAUUUAGUCUUCUAAAUGAGAGAAUUGUUUUCAUAAGUAAACUGGUGCACACAAAGCGGCCACGCCCAAGUGAAUAGACAUUGGUUGGAAAUGAUGAACCAACCUCUUUUCUACAUUUCUAUAAAAGCCCUGUGACGAAAACUCACCUCAGUUCCAAAAAACGGGAGGACUUGUUCUCCAAGUUGAAAAGGGCUAAUUUCAACUAUACAGGCCAGGAAACGAGAGCUUGCUCCACACGUGAAAUGGUAUGAACUCUGAACUAUUGAUCACCUAAAGAAGAAGUGCAUACUAAACUAGCGUAUAUCAGACUGCAGCUGAACAUAUGCGCAAAUCUAGUACAAGAACACUGACCGACGCGGACGAAUCUCCAGAGUGAGGUUAACCUUUUAACCUCUCACACGACAACCCAGAAGAAUCUACAAAGGACAACGGCGACAUUGACUGGGCGCUCCAGAGCCUCACAUCACCAGCUCAACUAUCAAAGCCAGCUUCACGUAAAUGCAAUGCAUCACUUUUCUGAAUGAGCGAUCGUUAGUGGCAUAUGUAUUUAUGUGAGAAUAGCUUCUCAGGUCCAAUAGAGACCCAUGGUCCUUAGUCUUCCUUCCAAAACCCCUUUCUCUUCUCUCUGAAUCUAUUGUGUUAUAACUAAGCUGCUUUUGUUUAGUCCACUAGGGACGGUAUUUACUGUAUAAUGUUAUUAUGUAUUGUAUAUUCUGUAAUUGUUUAAUUAGUUAGUAAAUAAAUAAUUGAGGCAA